AGCUCCUCUCUCCAAACCACACAUCACACGAUCCUAAACAUGUCCUCUGGUUUCGUAUCAGGUGGGACCACAGAUGCUCCAAUUGAGCGGAGCGACGAAUGGCUUGAGGCGCAAAAGGAGCUAGAUCGGAAAGCCGAGGAAGCUCGUCAAGCUCGCCAACAAGAUGGGAAGACCUCCAACCUGUUCGAGACUCUCCAAGCAAACAAAGGUAUUUUGUGGAAGGGGGCGGAUUUUACCAAGUCAAUUGAUUGAAGUACCCAGGCUGAUCACGCAGGGGUGCUUUGAAAUAACCAGCUGCCAAAGAAGAAGCAUUUAUUGAAGCAAAUCGAUUAAAGAACCAGUUUCGCGCCCUCGACGAAGACGAAGCCGAAUUCCUUGACUCAGUCCUCGAGAGCACUCGCGCAGAAGAGGCACGCAUAAAGAAAGAAUCCGCAGAAGGACUGGCCAUAUUCCGGAAGAAACAAGAGGAAGCAGACAAGAAGGCUCGGGGUGGUGAUGUUGCGCCAGAUGCGAAGGAAGGCUCACCGGUCGCUGGAGAAGAGUCUUGGAAUGCGGGUAGAAGAAAACGCAAGCGUACGAAGGAGAAGGAAGUUCUGAAGGGUGUCAAGAUUCGAAGGUCUUCAACUGCCAACGAAGCAGACAAGGGCAACAACCAACGACAGGAUGAUGCUGUGAUCAACAAGGCAAUGCCAACGAACCAGCCGGAACCUCCGAAAAAUGCUCUUCCUUUGAAACCAACUCCACAGACUUCCCCAUCGGGUCCAUCAGCUCCUGUGGAGACGAAGAAGCCACCAGCUACGACGAAAAGCUCUUUGGGGCUAGUUGAUUAUGGAUCUGACGAGGAUGAUGAUUGGUAGGCAGUAACAAAGUCGUAUCUUAGACAAAAUGGCG